AUGGCAAGAAAGGGGUCGACACCAGCAUCGUCAACACCAGCUACACUGCAGAAAGCUGGCUCAUCGUCCGGCCAAAAAAGUAUUGCAGCGUUCUUCUCUAAAACUCCUACUUCCGCCAGUGCUGUCAAGCUACCCGAGAGGUCGAGCCCUCGUAAGAAAUCGAGCAGGCCAAACUUUAGUGCACCUACAUCAAGACCCAAGUUGACCCCAGUCCCGAGCAGCGAUGUGGUAGGACCAGAAGACGACGAAGACAUAAAGGCUAGUCCUCGCUUUGGUUAUGGCCUCAUUUCGCCGGCCUCUGCUGACAGAGAUCAGACAAAGCCUGUAGAGGUUGUCAAUGGAACAGGAACACCUUCGAGAAGAGUUAAGAGCAAGAAGAUCAAUUAUGUCGAAUCCGAUAGUGAAGGAACAGACAACGAUGAGAUCUUUAAGUCGAGGACUGCUCGGAGACAACCACCAGCAAAACGACGUAAGAUGUCCGAAAGUGCAGACGAGGACAUCUACGACCAGGAGAACGAUAUCGACGAAGACCUCGACGACUUUAUAGCGGCCGACGACUCGGAGGAGGAUGUCAGACCAACCAAGAGAAAGAGACAGAACAAACCCACUAUUCGUAAGCCUUCCAUAGACGAAGAAGGAGAGAAUGAGCCAGGUACUGAAAUCGCUGUGGCUCUGGACGACCUACCCGAAUCCUCAACAGCUACUCAAUGGACAUUCGAUCCUCAGAACCCGCAGCCGUUGCAGCAAAGAUCGACCAAUCUACCGUCUAAGAAGCCUGGUACUGCUGGGAAGAAGCUGAAACCCCACAUGACUGAGCCUGAAAAGAGGUACACCUGGCUCGAAGAAAUUAGAGAUAUUGACGGUAACCCAAAAGGCCACCCUGAUUACGAUCCUCGCACAAUCUUCAUACCACCACUUGCAUGGUCGAAGUUUUCACCAUUCGAGAAGCAGUACUGGGAGAUCAAGCAGAAAUUCUGGGACACUAUAGUGUUCUUCAAGAAGGGCAAGUUCUAUGAGCUAUAUGAGAACGAUGCCACCAUUGGUCAUCAGCUGUUCGAUCUGAAGUUGACAGAUCGAGUCAAUAUGCGUAUGGUUGGCGUACCUGAGUCGAGCUUGGACAUGUGGGCGACCCAGUUCGUUGCUAAGGGCUUCAAAAUCGCUAGAGUAGAUCAGCGAGAGACGGCAUUAGGUAAGGAAAUGCGAGAUCGUGAAGAAAAGCCAGGCAAGGGCAAAGGCGCGAAAGAGGAGAAGGUCAUCCGCCGUGAGCUUGCUUGCGUUCUUACAGCAGGAACGCUUGUGGAAGGAGCGAUGCUGCAAAACGACAUGUCAACCUGGUGUGUAGCCAUUAAAGAGUCGGUAAGAGACGAAAAGCCGGCCUUUGGUAUUGCAUUCGUCGAUACCGCCACUGGACAAUUUCACGUGACAGAAUUCGUUGACGACAACGAUCUGACACGUUUCGAGACCUUUGUGGCUCAGACGAGACCACAGGAGCUGCUGCUCGAAAAGGGUGCACUCUCUAUCAAAACCUUGAGGAUACUCAAGAACAAUACAGGACCUACCACGAUAUGGAAUUACCUCAAGCCAAGCAGGGAAUUCUGGGAGGGCCACAUCACGGUGAAAGAGAUCGAGGCUAGUAAUUAUUUUGCACAAGAAUGGCCACAAGUCCUUGAAGAGUCCAAGGACAAGGAGCUCUUAAUGUCCGCUCUGGGCGCGCUUAUACACUACCUCCGAACUCUCAAGAUAGAGGAAAGCUUGGUCACCAUGGGCAAAUUUGAGGCCUACGACCCCAUCAAAAAAGCCACAAGCUUGGUGCUUGAUGGUCAGACUCUUAUCAACCUAGAAGUCUUUGCCAAUACGUUCGAUGGUGGUGCUGAUGGAACACUAUUUCAGCUACUUGAUAGGUGUGUCACCUCAUUCGGCAAGCGACUGCUUAAGCUCUGGGUUUGUCAUCCUCUCUUGGAUACCCAAAAGAUCAAUGCCCGUUUAGACGCUGUCGAUUCGCUCAAUGCCGAUCAUAAAACCCGUGAUAGGUUCACGGCCGAAAUGCAAAAGAUGCCUGAUUUGGAGAGAUUGAUCUCAAGGGUCCAUGCUGGAACUUGCAAAGCUCAGGACUUCGUUCGUGUUCUCGAGGGCUUCGAGCAGAUCGAGUAUACCUUCUCACUGCUUAAGGAGGGCCAGUCUAAAAGUGUUGAUGAUCAAGGAGUUAUUGGCCAGUUGAUCACGUCGAUGCCAGAGCUUCACAGCAGGUUGAAGUACUGGCAGAAAGCGUUUGACAGAGAGAAAGGCAGAGAAGCUGGCAUUCUUGUACCAGAGCGAGGCAUUGAAGAAGACUUUGACGAGUCACAGGAUUACAUCGAGUCUAUUCACAAGGAACUGAAUGAUCUCUUGCAAAUUUGGCGAAAAGAGCUAGGCUCGAGUGCUGUUUGCUACCGAGACAACGGAAAAGAGAUCAUGCAGAUGGAGGUGCCUAUCAAAGUCACGAAGAAAGUACCUAAAGACUGGAACCAAAUGUCAGCGACACAAGCUGUGAAGCGGUACUAUUUUGAUGAUCUAAAAGCUCUUGUGAGAAAGCUGCAAGAAGCUCAAGAGACACACUCGCAAAUUGUUAAAGAGGUCGCUGGUCGUUUCUACGCUCGCUUUGACGAACACUACGAGAUCUGGCUUGCAGCAGUCAAGCUUGUUGCUCAACUCGACUGUCUGAUCUCACUGGCCAAAGCGAGCUCAAGUCUAGGACAGCCAUCCUGCCGGCCGACCUUCGUCGACGACGAGAGAUCAGUGCUGGAGUUUGAGGAGUUGCGGCAUCCAUGUCUUCUCGAUAAGGUCGAUGAUUUCAUUCCCAACGACAUCAAGCUCGGUGGAGAUAUCGCCAAUAUCACGUUGUUGACAGGAGCCAAUGCGGCUGGCAAGUCGACGGUCCUCAGAAUGACUUGUGUGGCUGCAUUGAUGGCACAAGUAGGGUGCUAUGUACCGUGCAAGUCGGCUAGGCUCACCCCUAUCGACCGAAUCAUGUCACGGCUCGGCGCCCAAGAUCACAUCUUCGCAGCGCAGUCUACCUUCUUCGUCGAGCUUGCUGAGACCAAGAAGAUCUUGACCGAAGCCUCCCCACGAUCUCUCGUUAUUCUUGACGAGCUUGGCCGAGGUACUUCGAGUCACGACGGAGUUGCAGUCGCACAAGCCGUGCUCCAUCAUCUAGCCAGUCAUAUCGGCUGCCUGGGUUAUUUUGCAACGCACUAUCAUUCGCUGAGUGCAGAAUUUGACCGCCAUCCCGAAGUCGUGUCCAAACGCAUGCAGAUCAUGGUUGACGAUGCCGAGAGACGCGUAACAUUCAUGUACAAGGUUGAGGAUGGAGUCGCAGAAGGUAGCUUUGGCAUGCACUGCGCAGCCAUGUGCGGCAUAGCCAAAAGCGUCAUUGACCGAGCUGAAGAGGCUGCCCACGAGUGGGAGCACACAAGCAGGAUCAGCCAAAAGCUCAAGGUCAAGCAGGAAGAAGACAGCAAUAACCAGGAAUUACCACUAGGCUUGCUCAGUGAUGUCGCGUCCUUGCUGCGUGAGGAAAGCAGUAUGGAUCAUCGCGGAAUCGAUGCACUUCUGAAAAGUAUUGAAGGACUGUAA